AUGUCGAGAUCUCGUCUUCUGUCGAAUCUGUUCUGGGAUCUCUUGUCGUUCACUGCUCCUUGUCACCGUCAGCCUUGGUCGGAACAUGGUAUGCAGAUGAAGCUUUCCCUUGGUGGGUCUAUGGUUUUUGUUUUGGAUGAUCACCAUUUCUCAAAUGCUCCCUCUGUUGAGGCUUUCGCUACCCUUCAUUUGGGCACUGCUAAUCCUCUUCAACUAGAGAACAAGUCUAGGGUGGAGAUGGAGAUUUUGGCUGGGUUUUUAUCCUCGCAAUGUUAUUAG